CGAAUCGUUUGUGUGUUUUCAACUGCUGCCUUCCAGCAGCUUUCAAAUAACUACGCAUUAGGUUUUUGCAGCGUGUGCGUAAAAGAAAGAAAAUUGUGUAUUAUACUACACUUGAGUUGAAUCAAAAUACCCAUUACUAAUUGAGCUAAAGAAAACUAGAGCAAGAACGACAGCAGCUAGCCAAAUACAACAUAAAUAAAGCAACCAGUGCAGACGGGAACAGGAACUGCAAAAAGUAAAACGCAUAUUCUCACGCAUACAUUUGAACCGAACACACAGACACACACUCAUACUUAGAUACACUCGGCAUAUGUGCAAUAAAAGGGCCGCUGUGGCAAAAAGUUUAGUUUAAUCAACGUAAAUUUAUUCGUACGCCGCAAUAACAACAAACGAGUUAUCUUUAGACGACGUGUUUAGUACAAGAAUAACACAACAAUAAAAGAAUUUCUAACCGAAUCGUAUCGUACCAUAAUAACAUACACAACAACAAAAACAUCACAGAGAGCAAAAACAAAAUGUCUACGACACCAAAAUCGACAGAAGAUUUGCUGGGUGAAUCUUGGAUCGAAUUGAGCAACACAGCAGCCAUGGCAGGCAUCAAGAGCCCCGACAGAAUUACUCCGCUGCCCUUCAGCAACGGCGAGGAGUAUUUGCGUUUGUUGCGUGAAGCGCAACGCGAAUCAAAUCAGUCCAGUCGCGUUGUCUCCCUGGCCAGCUCCCGUCGUGAUACGCCCCGUGACAGUCCCAAGAGUCCACCAAACAGUCCACAAUCGGAGCAGUGCCCGGAUGAUGAGUUGCGGAACGUGUACAUCAAUUAUUGGAAUAAGGGCGGAGAUAAACACAACACCGAUAAUGGCGAUUGGUUGCAGAACUGGAAUCGCGGCAUUGAGGAGCAGCCACCGAAAGAUUGGAAAUUCGAGCGUUCUAGCGAUAAUGAUGAGGAUGAGAAGAAGAAAACAACGGGUUAUUCCAUACGUUUAAAGCGCCUGGGCGCCAAUUCGUUGUUCUCCCGCGAAAUUCUCUACUCGCUGCUGGUCACCAUGUGCUCUCACUGCUGCUGGGCGCCGGCUUUGGUUUAUGGCUGAGCAAGCGCGGCAUUCUGCUUACCCGCGUGGUCAUUGACUGAAAGACGCCAUAAAGAUUUCAAAACGUUUUCAACACA